AUGUCAUGGGUUUCUGGAAAACUGCGUGGCGACUUGACUCCACCCACGCGAACUGAGCCCCAGCCAUCCAUCAUCUUCGAUAAAACUUCUACUAUAAUGUGUUACAAUAAUAAUAAUACGGUUCCUGACCUAAUUCCUAAUGCAGCACCAAUCUUAAGACCAGACUGGCCCACGGUGGCCGCUAGCACGCCAUCCGAGACCGGAAUUAAUGUCAUUACAGCCAGCGUCACCUUGGGAUCGCCGGCCCUGCCGAUCUCCAUCGUUAACCAAAACCGGUUGGGUAAGAUUGCACACAAGCUUCAUAGUUGGCACAUUCCCAACACUCGUGGACGCGAAUUGACUGGCUUUGACACUGGCUUUGACAUUGUGGCAUUCGUGUCGCAUUUGUAG